AGAAUCUCAAAUUUUUUUCUUGAGACAAUUUUCAUAUCAUUGUCUUGUAUGACCCUAUUUGUUUGUGUUUAUUUUCGAAAGGCAUUGUUACCAUUAUCUAUAUGCUUAUAUAAAGGCAUUGGCACACUGAGUUAUUCAUUCAAACACCUUGCAGAUUUCUACAAAUUCUCAAACGAAUGAGGAUUUUUCACAGCCUCUCAUUUUUUGUUCUUACCUUCAUCUCCUUCAAUCCUUGUAAUGCAGAAGAAGCACAAACUAUUGUAGACACCCUUGGCAGGAACCAUUUCUUACAGAAAAUAUAUGAAUGGGGAAAUGGUGCACAAGGAUUCGAAGAAGCUGAGAUUCAAUUUUCAGGCCCUAUAGUGGUGGCAGGAGUGUUGUGCUUCAUUGCUUCUUCUAUAUCCAGUGCUGGUGGCAUUGGUGGCGGUGGACUUUUCAUUCCCAUAUUGACUAUUGUGGCUGGGCUGGACCUCAAAAUAGCUUCAAGUUUGUCAGCUUUCAUGGUCACAGGAGGGUCUGUUGCAAAUGUCAUGUGCAAUCUUUGUGCCACAAGCCCUAAAUUUGGUGGCAAGUCAUUGAUUGACUAUGACAUAGCACUUUUGUCAGAACCGUGUAUGCUGCUAGGAGUGAGUGUUGGAGUCAUAUGCAACCUUGUAUUCCCAGAAUGGUUGAUUACUAUGUUGUUUGCUGUCUUUCUCACUUGGUCUACCUCAAAGACCUGCAACAGUGGGGUGUUGUUUUGGAAGAUUGAAUCAGAAGAAAGGAGGAAAAGGGAUGGAUUUGAGGGGCUUGAAAACGGACUAUUAGAACAUGGGAGUGGUGAAGAAAGGGAAGGUGGAGUGCAGGGGAACAAAGAAAAAGAAGGGAUGAAAAGUGUUGAAGAACAGGUUCUGGUUCCUGAAGAAAAUAUCAGGGUUAGAAUCCCUUGGCUGAAAUUGGUGGUCUUACUCUUGGUCUGGUUCACUUUCUUCUCCCUUUAUCUUCUUCGUGGCAAUAAAUAUGGACAGAGUAUCAUUCCAAUGGAGCCAUGUGGUGUGGGAUACUGGAUUCUUUCAUCAGCUCAAAUCCCUCUUGCCUUGUUUUUCACUGCUUGGAUUGUGUACAGAAAAGAUAGCCAUCAAGAUCAAAAUCUCAUGCACGAGGACCCAUGUCUGUCCUCAAGAGGACCAUCAAACAAGCUUAUUUUUCCAAUAAUGGCACUGCUAGCAGGGAUAUUGGGUGGUGUCUUUGGAAUUGGAGGUGGAAUGCUGAUAAGUCCACUUCUUCUGCAUGUUGGAAUAGCUCCUGAGGUGACAGCAGCAACAUGUUCUUUCAUGGUUUUCUUCUCAUCUACCAUGUCAGCAUUGCAGUACCUAUUGUUGGGCAUGGAUCACAUAGAGACUGCCAUAAUGUUGGCCAUAAUAUGCUUUGUUGCAUCACUUAUUGGGUUGUUGGUGGUGCAGAGAGCAAUUCAAAGCUAUGGAAGACCAUCCAUAAUAGUAUUUUCGGUUAGCAUAGUGAUGACUUUAAGUGUAGUUCUAAUGACUAGCUUUGGAAUGAUUAGAACUUGGAAAGACUAUGUAUCAGGUAGAUACAUGGGAUUCAAACUUCCAUGUUGAAAAAACCAAUUUUGUUCAAUGAGUAUCUCACUCUGUGCUGCUAGUCUUAUGCCUCACUAAAUUCGAGUGUUAUCACAGAGGACAUAGUUAUGAAUCAGGUACAAUUUUUGGACCUUUGUAUUAAUGCAGCAAAACACUUUAUUCGAGAAACUAGCAUUUUUUGGUGCUUUGAUAAUUUCGGAUGAAGAACAUGUGACAACUUCUCAGAAAAUACAUACAAAUAAAAGUUGUCAUCAUUGUUG